ACACAUCACGACUCGUCUCUCUCUCUCUCUCUCUCUCUCUCUGCUCUCCUCGUGCGCCCAGUUCCUUCACCUACACUGUGUAUAGAAUCUCCCAAGGCGAAGAAAUCUUCAUCUCACAUCAUAAUAGAAGUCGGUUUUCACUUGCUGUGAGCAGUGAACCAUGGGGGAGGAAGAUUGUUGCGCUACCCAACUCAUUGACGGCGACGGCGUGUUCAAUGUUGCUGGGUUGGACGCUUUCAUGAAGAAAGCGAAGGUCGCCGACUGUGGCCUUUCCUAUGCGGUGGUCGCUGUUAUGGGUCCCCAGAGUAGUGGAAAAAGUACCUUACUGAAUCAUCUUUUUCGCACAAAUUUCAGGGAGAUGGAUGCAUACAGGGGAAGGUCUCAAACAACAAAGGGCAUUUGGAUAGCCAAGUGUGUUGGUAUUGAUCCAUGCACAAUUGCCAUGGAUUUAGAGGGUACUGAUGGAAGGGAGAGGGGUGAGGAUGAUACUGCCUUUGAGAAACAGAGUGCUCUUUUUGCUUUGGCAAUAGCAGAUGUUGUUCUGAUAAACAUGUGGUGUCAUGAUAUUGGUCGAGAACAAGCAGCCAACAAACCUCUUCUGAAAACUGUCUUUCAGGUCAUGAUGCGUUUAUUCAGUCCCCGCAAGACAACAUUGCUGUUUGUUAUACGUGACAAAACAAGGACCCCAUUGGAAAAUCUGGAGCCUAUUUUAAGAGAAGAUAUCCAAAAGAUAUGGGAUGCAGUACGGAAGCCUGAAGCACAUAAAGAUACUCCUCUCAGUGAAUUUUUUAAUGUGGAGGUUACUGCUUUAUCAAGCUAUGAAGACAAGGAGGAGAAAUUCAAAGAGGAGGUUGCUCAAUUAAGGCAGCGGUUCUACCAUUCUAUAUCUCCUGGAGGUCUUGCUGGUGAUCGGUGCAAUGUUGUGCCUGCUUCUGGAUUUUCUUUUAGUGCACAGCAGAUAUGGAAAAUCAUCCGAGAGAACAAGGAUCUUGAUCUUCCUGCUCACAAGGUAAUGGUUGCCACUGUUCGUUGCGAAGAGAUUGCAAAUGAGAUGCUUAGCCACUUGCUCUCUGAUGAGGGUUGGUUGGCAUUGGAAGAAGCUGUUCAACUAGGUCCAGUGCAAGGUUUUGGAAAGAAGCUGAGCUCAAUUAUAGAUGCCUACCUUUCUCGAUACGAUAUGGAGGCAAUCUACUUUGAUGAAGGUGUGAGAAAUGCAAAACGUAAGCAAUUGGAGUCAAAGGCGUUGGAUCAUGUGUUCCCUGCUUAUACAACAAUGCUGGGGCAUCUACGUGCUAAAGCUGUUGAAAAUUUCAAGACUAAAUUGGAGCAGUCACUAAAAAGUGGAGAAGGCUUUGCUGCAUCUGUUCGUACUGGGAUUCAAUCUAGCAUGCUUGAGUUUGACCAAGGGUCUGCUGAUGCUGCUGUACAGCAGGCUAACUGGGAUGCUUCAAAAGUGCGAGAAAAGCUUCGUCGUGACGUGGAUGCGCAUGCUGUGUCUGUGCAAAGUGAAGAAAUAUCAGGGAUCAUGACUAACUCUGAGGAACAACUAGCUAAAGCUUUGGCUGAGCCCAUGGAGUCCCUCUUGGAAGCAGGUGGAAAGGACACCUGGCUUUCAAUUAGAAAACUUCUGAAACGUGAGACUGAAGCUGCUAUAUCAGAAUUUUUAGCUGCUAUUAGUGGUUUUGAAUUGGAUCAAGAAUCAGUUGACAGAAUGGAACAGAACUUGAGGGACUAUGCAAGAAAAGUGGUAGAGAAGAAAGCAAGAGAAGAAGCUGGAAAGAUUUUGAUCCGCAUGAAAGAUAGGUUCUCUACAGUUUUUAGUCAUGACAAUGACUCCCUCCCAAGGGUUUGGACUGGGAAGGAAGAUAUUAGAGCUAUCACGAAAGAUGCCCGUUCUGCGUCCCUCAAACUUCUAUCAGAUAUAGCUGCCAUACGGUUGGAUGAAAAGCCAGAUCAGAUAGAAAAUGUGCUUCAAUCAUCUCUCCUGGAUGGAACUGUUGCUGUUACAUCCUCACGAAAUAAAAGUCGAGAAGCUUCUGCAGACCCACUAGCAGCUAGCUCAUGGGAGGAGGUUUCCCCAAGCGAUACACUCAUUACUCCAGUGCAGUGCAAGUCUUUGUGGAGACAGUUCCAGGCAGAAACUGAGUAUACAGUCACCCAAGCUAUUUCGGCACAGGAGGCUUACAAGCAGAGUAACAAUUGGCUACCACCACCAUGGGCUAUACUGGCUAUGAUUGUGCUUGGUUUUAAUGAAUUUAUGCUGCUUCUAAAAAAUCCUUUCUACCUGAUGGUAAUUUUUGUGGCUUAUCUACUUGGAAAGGCCUUAUGGGUGCAGAUGGACAUUGCAGGAGAGUUUCGACAUGGUGCUCUGCCUGGACUACUGUCUAUAUCAUCCAAGUUUCUUCCCACAGUCAUGAACCUUCUGAAGCGUCUUGCUGAAGAAGCUCAGGGACAUGCAGCAUCUGGAGGAACAGAAACACAAAACCCUAGUGCUACUUCCCAGGCAUUCAGAAAUCAAACGCCGAGACCCGAUCCAGCAACAGGCUCAAUCAACCCGGCUUCAUCGGUCUCAAGUGUUGGAUCUUCUGAUGGUGAUAGUGAAUAUUCAACCACAAACUUGACUCAGAGGCGAAGAACAAUCACGCCAGAAGCUGAACUUUCCUGAACAUUCACUUUCAUUCAAGGGGGCUUAGGUCACGACAUGCAGAUCAUAGAAUGCUUUGUCAUAUAUAUCAGUUUUGUAUUUGUUAUUAGCUGAAAAUUCGAAUCAUUACUUGUAAAUUUGUCGACCCUGCCAUAUGAAGGGAGAAACCCCAUUUAGGUUUAAUCCCUUAAAUAUAUAUUUUUAGGCUAUAAUAAUAAACUAUUAUAAACUGAUGCUUGUUAAAGGCAAGGGUCGAAUUAAUGCCUCGUUAAAUUCACAUAUUCUUCUCAUUUAGCAGCUAGAUAUUGAGAUUGUGAUAUUCUCAUA